CAAUUUUCCAGUACAGUUACCUUCUUCUCCACAAGUACCAAAUAAUCCAAGAACCCUAAAAUUCAAAAUCACAGUUAUCAAUUGCGAUAUACAGACACAGUAAACAAGGCACAAAUCGACUGUAAAACAAAUGCAAUCGCCAUGUAUAGACGCCUGCAAAACGGCCUUCAGCAGCAGCAUCUUCCAGAAAGGUCUCCGCCGCCACCAAUUCCUCGGAAAUCCGACUGAUUGUCGCUCGAUUCUCUCUUUUCCGACGCGCAGGCGGAGCUCACAUCAAUUCAUAUCGUGCAAUUUUAACGGCGGAAUCAGUCCCCGUUUGGAUAAUUCUGAAAUUAAUUGCAGAAGAGUGGAAGCGCGGGCGAAGGGGAAGGAGAACGUGUGGAGUAUAGACAACAACGAGGUGCCUAAAAUCGACAAGGAGAAGAGUAGAAUUAGGAGGAAGAAGAAAAGGGGAGGGAAGAGAGUGAGGAAUGUUGCAAGGAAAGGUGAUAGAGUUCUGGUCUCUGGUUCGAUGUUCAUGGAAGUUGAAACCGUUUUACAAACGCAGGAUCCAGUUAUUAUUCCUGCAUGGUAUACGUUUGCAAGUAGUGUCAGUGGUAUAUGGAAGGGAGUGGGAGCAGUGUAUUCGCCCAUUACCGCAGAAAUGGAGCCGAUAGACAUUGGAAGUAGGAAUCAGAACUUAUUCGAUUGUUAUACUCUGACACGUAUCGAGGCGUUGCCAUCUACUUCUGGGGAUCAGAGUUCUAAAAUACAUCGCACGGUAAAAUGGGUCACGUUGAACCCUUGUGGUGAAGCUCCGCAUAAUGGAGAUGGUCUUGGAAAUAAAAGACAAGAUGAAUCUUUGCCGAAAAUUGAAUCGUUCGACUUUGGAAAAACUGACGUGAUGGAAGAAGAUGUUAUGGGGAUGGAACCUGGUCUUGUUUUCUUUGAGGAUGGAUCUUAUUCCAGGGGCCCAAUGGAUAUUCCAGUAGGUGAAAUCGACGAUUCCAAAUAUUUCCUUUCCCCAACUUUCAAGUUUGAACAAUGUUUGGUUAAAGGUUGCCACAAAAGACUGCGUGUUGUUCACACCAUAGAAUUCAGUAAUGGGGGUUCGGAUAUCCAAAUAAUGAGGGUUGCUGUUUACGAAGAAGAAUGGGUUAGUCCCUCCAAUAUCCCCGACACCAGCGAGUUGGAGCUAGAUUUGAAGCCGUUUUCUCAGAGAAAAAGGGUCCAACCAUUAGAGCUAACAGGCUCGUGGAAGGUAUUUGAAGUGAGCGCCACACCUAUAUACGGUGAAGAUAUAACAACAAUCGAGGAACAAAACAGCACACCUUACGUAUAUCUGUGCACCGAAAACCUUAAAAAGAGAAAUUUGCCAGAAAAUGUCGUUUAUUUUGGAGAGGAAGAAAUGCUGGAUUUGCAAGAUGUUUCAGUUUUGUGGCUACCUGGUGGUGUGACCGCCUAUGUGGAUGUGAAAAAAGACGGCAUUCUUUGUAUAGGCGUUGGGUGGUAUUCAGACGAAGGAAUCAAUCUUGUAAUGGAAAGGGACUACGGAUUAGAUGGGAAACUUAAGGAGGUUCGAUCCAAGUCUGAGAUGAAGAGAAGAUGGAAUAAUCCUCCACCUAUGUAAGUUCUUCUCCAAUUUCCUCGUCUCGGGAUAUAUUUAGUAAUUAAUUUUAGUGUGUGUUUUUUUAUAUCAAGAAAUUAAUCGAAAUUGCUUAUGCGUGUUUUUUAUAUCUAAAAAGUGUUUUUUAUAUCAAAAAAGUGUUUUUUAUAUCAAAAAAAUGAACCGAAAUUUCUUACUUUAGCACUACUUGGCCAUGACCAUGCAUCCAGUUGCAAUGGAGAAAUCAGAAAUUUCUCUAUAUUCGGAACAGUUCUAGCUUCCCUAUUUUUCUUCUUUCUUUACUCCCAAUUAAGUUUUCGUGUUUUGUUGUAGUGAA